UCAUACUAUGGCUCAUUAUCAAUUGAAUUUUUACGCACGGCCCUCCAACGAGCGUACAGGAAUGUCAAUGCUAGAUUGACAGGUACUAAGUUUAUAGAUAAGCCAGUAAUUGUAUAAUGCCUCCAAAAGUGUAUGUAUAACGUCUUUAAUAUGUUGUUUAAUAUUUUUACUAACUAAUAGUAGUAGUAAAGCUGUAACAAAGAGGGUUACUAAAGCCGUAAAGGAAUUCAAGUAUACUCGAGAUGAGUGUGCCUAUAAAUUCGGAGCUCAUGUAGGGAUGUCAGGAGGUAUAUCUAAUGCUGUAUUGAAUGCCAUGGAUAUUGGAGCCAAUAGUUUUGCAUUGUUUUUAAAAUCUCCUCGAAAAUGGGUAUCUCCAGAUAUUAAAGAUGAAGAAGCAGAAAAAUUUCAAACCUUAUGUAAACAAUAUGGUUAUAAUCCAAGAACUGAUAUUCUCCCUCAUGGAUCUUAUUUCAUUAAUUUGGCUAAUCCAGAACCAGAGAAGGAAGAAAAGGCAUAUGGAUCAUUUGUGGAUGAUUUAAAGAGAUGUGAAAAGUUAAAUAUUGGACUCUAUAAUUUCCAUCCUGGAUCGAGUUUAGAUUCGGAUCAUAAAGAAGCAUUAGCUAGAUUAGCUAAAAAUAUUAAUAAAGCCAUUAAGGAAACAUCAUUUGUUAAGAUUGUUAUUGAAAAUAUGGCUGGACAUGGUAAUUUAAUUGGAUCUAAUCUUGAAGAUAUUCGAGAAGUAAUUGAUUUAAUUGAUGAUAAAUCAAGAGUCGGAGUAUGUCUUGAUACAUGUCAUUCAUUUGCAGCAGGAUAUGAUAUUACUACUGCAGAGAAAUUCCAUGAAUUUUUAGAUAAAUUUGAUCAAGUUAUUGGAUCUGAAUAUCUUAGUGCUAUACAUUUAAAUGAUUCUAAAGCUCCAUUAGGAGCAAAUCGAGAUUUACAUCAGAAAUUAGGAUAUGGAUUUUUAGGUUUGGAAGUGUUUAGAGUUAUUGCUAAUACUGAAAGACUUAAAGGUAUACCUAUAGUUUUAGAAACUCCUGUAGAAAAUGAUGAUUCAAUAUAUGGAGAAGAAAUUAAAUUAUUAGAAUGGUUACAAAAUAAGAAAGAAACUGAUAAUGACUUUAUUAACAAAAGAGAUGAACUUUCAAAGAAGGGAGCUAAAGAAAGAGCAGAACAUUUAGAAAAAUUCGAGACCAAACAGGCCAAAACCACUAAAAGGAAGAAGAAGGCAUAGUAUAUAAAGUAUAUUGUAUAAUAACUAUCCUAUAAAAAUAGAUUUAAUACU